UGCAACGACAUGCUCUGCAAGGUGUCGCGGUCCUUCGCCGCCGUCAUCCAGCAGCUCCCGGCGGGCUGCUGCAUCGACAUCUGCGUCUUCUACCUCGUCUUACGCGCGCUGGACACCGUCGAGGACGACAUGACGUACUACAAGGGCCGGCUCGACGUGAAGCAGGCGGAGCUGCGGUCCUUCCACGAGGCGCGCCUGAUGAACCCGGACGCGCCGCCCAUCAUGGGCUGCGGCGAGGGCGACGAGCGCGUGUUACUGGAGCAGUUCGGCGCCGUCGCGCGCGUCUUCGCGACGCUGCCCAAGGAGUCGCGCGACGUCAUCAAGGACAUCACGGACAAGAUGGGCGGCGGCAUGGCCGACUACGUGACGGCCGACUUAGUCCAGGGCACGAAGGACGAGGACGCCUACAACCUCUACUGCCACAACGUCGCGGGCCUCGUCGGCGAGGGCCUCACGGGCAUCUUCGUCGGCCGCGGCUACGAGUCCGAGGAGCUCGCCGAGGGCGGCCUGCUCAAGUGGCCCUUCUGCGGCGAGGACAACAAAUUGGGCCUGGCCAACUCCAUGGGCCUCUUCCUCCAGAAGACGAACAUCAUCCGCGACUACCUCGAGGACUACGUCGACGGCCGCGCGUUCUGGCCGAAGACCGUCUGGUCCAAGCACGCGACGACGGGCGACCUGGGCGACUUCACGCGGCCCUGCGCGCGCCUCGGCAAGGGCGCGAGCGACCGCGCGCUCGCGUGCCUCGACGAGCUCAUCGCCGACGCGUUGGAGCUCGUGCCGGACGCGCUCAAGUACCUCGAGAAGAUCAAGACGCCCGAGGUCUACCGCUUCUGCGCCAUCCCCCAGGUCAUGGCCAUCGCCACGCUCGUCGAGUGCUUCGACAACCCGAAGCUCUUCACGGGCGUCGUCAAGAUCCGCAAGGGCAUGGCCGCGCGGCUCAUCGUCGAC